AUGAGCUUCGUUCAGCGCCGGGCCCUCUCGACCCUCAUCCCUCCUAAGAUCGCCUCCCCCAAGGCCAUCGGUGGUGCUCCAGAUGCUCUCCGCAUGCAGCGCGUCGUCAGCUUCUACGAGAAGCUCCCCAGGGGUGCGGCUCCCGAGGUCCAGGCCAAGGGCAUCCUCGGCCGCUACCAGGCCAAGCACUUCGGCAAGAACGCCUCAGUAAAGCCUAUCAUCCACGCUCUGGUCUUCUUCGUUGCUGUCGGCUACGCCCAGAACUACUACUUCCACCUGCGCCACCACAAGAACAACGCUCACUAA